AUGGGUGCGUAUAAACUCGCCUCUCCGCGCCGGGCUAUACUCGCCCCUGUCGCUGUUAUAGUCGUCAUACUGAUAUUUCUCACGUCCAACGCAUAUCGCCCAUUAUCCGAAGAGAAUGGCGUCCCCGAGCCGGCGCCUGCGGGCAUGCAGACUGAGAUACCAGAAGAUGAUGCACCGCAAAGCUUGGAUUCUUUGAGCUUCCCAGCCGACUACUCCCCGGCUUCUGACGAGCCUUCCUUUUGUGCCGAACGUUUCGAAGUCCCAUAUCUUGAGAAUCUUCGAGAUUCUGCGACUCGCUAUUGCACAGAACAGUCAGGUUCGCAGUUGACCUGCUUCCAUAGUAAGACGGCUGGCAGCCGGACGGAUACCUUCUGUCUCGGGCAGAAUGCGAUAUUCGAUACAGCCUCUCGCAAGUUCAUGCUGCAGUGUGAGCUCGGCGAGCCCAGCCCCUCUAAAUCGUCCUUUCGCGCCCCGGAGUUCAAUCAAUUCCCAAGUUACUGGUACGAAACUGGGCCGAGGGUGAUUUUUAAUGACUGGGUAGAGAUGUCUGCGGAAGCCUUACCAACGGCGGCACCACAGCCUCGCGCCUUCACGAUUCUAGUCAAACGAGAGAUGCACCAUAAUUUCUGGCAUUCGUUGAUGGAAAUAUUCUCCAUGGCAAUGUCCAUUGACGUAUUGCGAAUAACCUCUCAACCCGACAGCAGCCGCAGCGGCCCAGGGAAGCGACCACUGCUUUCAGACGCAGAGAUGGAAAACAUACAGGUCGUUCUCUUGGACGAUCUCGAGGACGGAGCUUUCAUUGAUCUGUGGCCUUUGCUGAGCAGCAAGCCUGUGGUCAGAGCACAAGACCUGCCGGAAGACAGUGCUUUGCAGAACAUUGUGGUACCGCUGCCCGGUGGUAGCAACCCAUUUUGGCAGGGCGACUGGACUAUUCAUGGCUGUGAAGACUCGGCUCUCCUGCGCACAUUUUCGCGUCGAGUGUUGAGUUUCUACGGACUUCCUAGCACCAAACCACGCCAGGAUUCCCAGAUCAUGUUGACGUUCAUCAACCGUACCAAUAAAAGGCGACUUGUGAACAGUGACGAAUUUCUGGCUGAGCUCGAAUCGAAAUACCCCCAUGUGACUGUACACAGUUACGACUUUGCUGCCCUCACGAUGAAGAGGCAGCUAGAGAUCGUCCAGGACACCGAUAUCCUGGUAGGAGUACAUGGCGCUGGUCUAACCCACGGGUUCUUCCUUCACCCACGGUCAGCCAUGGUUGAAAUCUUGCCGCCGAAGUUGAACCACAAGGGAUUCCGCAAUGUUGCCUCGCUGAUGAACCUCGGCCACUACAGUGCGCAUGCCGACGACGCUCCUAGAGGUAACGGAAACUGGCAAGACGAGGAUAUCUCUAUGGACAAGGAACGAUUUAUGGCCCUGAUAGAUGCGGCAAUCAAAUCUAUGUAUGGCAAGGGUAAAUGGGAUUACGACAUUGUUUAG